CAAGAACAUUUCGGUUUACCUACAACACUUCGCAGCGAGAAAUGUCCGGCGAAUCGGCGGCGGUUACGGCUAUGGAGACAACGGAGACGGGGAACCAAAGUUCCGUCAAGAUUAACUCGAACAACGCCGACACAACAGAUAUGGAGCUCCAGAUUCUUGCAGCUAUGCGAUCCCGCGUAACCUACCUCAAAAACAAAGCAGACUCGGUGACCUUCGCGAGUGUGAGGAGGCUUCUGGAGGAAGAUAUGGGAUUGGAGAAAUAUGCGUUGGAUGCGCAUAAGAGCUUCGUCAAAGAGCAUUUGGUUAAGUGCUUAGAGGAUCCUGCUAAUGCUGAUGGCGGUUCAGAUAACCCUCAGGAAACUGAGAAGAAAGAAGUAGCAGUUGCAUUGGAAGAGCAAGAGGUGAAGAACGAUGUAAAGGAAGAAACUGUUGACGAUGAGAAAACUGUGGGGAUUACAGAUGCCCUGAUGAGUGAUAUAAAGAGAGCUCUUCGAAAAAGAGCGUCUUAUGUUAAGGCUAACUCAGAGGAAAUUACAAUGGCGUCACUUCGUCGGCUUUUGGAGGAAGAUCUUAAACUGAAGAAAGAUACUCUAGUUCCCUUCAAGAAGUUCAUCAAUAAAGAACUAGAUGCUGUACUACAAAUUCCUGACCCUCCUAAACAAACGACUAAGCCUUCUGGGAAAAGUGUAAAGAAAAAGGUCAAGAGCACGCCAUCUAAGAAGGUAGGCAGUGAAGAUGAUUCUGAUUCUGAUUCAGAUGCUGAGGAAGUGGCUGUGAAGAAGACCCUGACCCAGAAAAGAAAACGGAAAACUGAAAGUGGCAAACCAGUGGCUGGGAAAAAGAAAGCAAAACAUACCGAAGCAGAUCCAGAGAGCGAUAGUGAUGCAGGAGAUAGUGAAAUGAAGGCAGAAAAGAAGUUGAAGCCGCAGGGAAAGGUGACUGCAACAACUGUGUAUGGAAAGCGUGUCGAGCAUCUCAGAUCAGUCAUCAAAUCUUGUGGGAUGAGUAUUCCCCCUGUCAUAUACAGGAAAGUCAAGCAGGCUCCUGAAGACAAACGUGAGGCUACUUUAAUAGAAGAACUUGAGCAGAUACUUGCCAAAGAAGGGCUGUCUUCAGAUCCUUCAGAGAAAGAUAUCAAAGAAGUUAAGAAACAGAAAGAAAGAUCAAAGGAGCUUGAGGGUAUUGAUACAAGCAACAUUGUAUCGAGUUCAAGAAGAAGAUCUACCACAAGUUUUGCACCUCCUCCAAAGCCGAAGAUAACAAGCGAAAGUGAGAGUGAUGAAGAAGAGUCUGAGAAUGGAGAGGAUAACGAAGAAGAGGAAGAGGAAGGUAAUGAAGAAGCCGAGGGAGGAAGCCAAAGCGAAGAAGAAUCAAACAACGAGGAUGAUGAUGAAGAGGAAAGCGAAUGAUUUGUAUGUUUACAAGUGUUCUACUGUAAGAAAUCCAUCAUCCAUUCUAGCUUAGAUCUGUAUCUGCUGUACUUUAGUGACAUUUUGUUCCUUUUUUUGUACUUUUAAGUUUUAACUAUCAUUAUGAUUCUGUGGCAAAUGAAAUUUGAAACCCAA